GCUGAUGCACCUGGGUCUCUCUGCGGGCAGCCAGGGAGCCCCUGGGGAGGGGUGAACUCCUCGCUGCCUGCCUCGUCUGCUCUCUUCAGUUUUCCCGUUUGGGCUCAUCUGCAAAAGAAGCUGUCUCUGUCUCUUCAGAGGACAGCGUUUUCACGUCCUCGUUAGUCCUCUUACCUUCUCCCAAACACCAGAUGAGCCAGCUUGGUUUUCUCUUAUUCUAUGUGUAUUUUAACUCAUGAAGCCAUUAAAUGAGGCCUUCUCCCAACCGCGGUAGGCUGGGACUCUGGGGAAGACUAAACACGCAUUUGUUUUGACCGGCAGAAGUUGAUUGUGAAGUAUUCGAGGACUUUGCACAGUCUAAUCACAAAUACUCCCUGGAUCAACAUUGUUCAAUUUUAAUUUGUCUCCAGGGUUCUGUGCAGAAAAGCAAACAUUUUAGUGACCAAAGGCCGAUCGUGCUCCCGCUUUCCAGAGGCUUUUUACAUCUGUUUACUUUACUUCCCAGUUACCUUCUGUUCCAGGGACCUUGCACCACCUGGUGCCAGGGUGCCCCUGCCCAGGCAGACCCCCCCUUCCCCUGGCUGUUUCAUCCCCCCGGGGGUGUCAGGCAGGGCAGGCCCCUCUCACGGCCCCGGCACAGCUGAGGUGGAGGCGGUUAUGCCCAAAGCGGCUGGAUGCCAUUUCUCAGCUCUUCAGCUGCAGUCGGGAAAGGCAGCCUCCCAGCUUGUGGAUCUCCAUCCCCCACGGCCUUCUAUUCUCCGCUGGCCUGAAGUCUCUGAAUCUGCAGCCUUCCAUCCCUGCGUGCCUCCAUCCCAUACUGGGCUGAGCCCCUGAACCUGUGUGCCUCCAUCCCCAUGGAUCUCCAUCCCAUGCUGGGUUGAGGCCUCCGAACCUGCAGCUCUCCAUCCCCAUAGGCCUCCAUCCUACACUGGACUGAGGCUUCUGAACCUACAAGCUUCUGUCUCAUGCUGGGCUGAGGCCCCUGUCCCCGUGCACCCCCAUCCCCGUGUGGGGCUGUGCAGGAGGCAAGCGGGUGGCCAACUGGAAGCUCCUGGCUUCCAGGCUCUCUCACUCAGGCCACUGUCCCUGAGCUGUACUUGCCCCCAGGAGGGCAGCUGGAGGGAUGGAGAGGCAGGAGUACAGCCUGUACUCUGCUCCUAGUCUGCGAUGUGGGAAGGAAACAGACCUAGUGCCCGUGUGCAAAACCUGUGAGACCUGUGUGUUGGCCUGGAGGAUCUUCUCCACCAAGGAGUGGUUCCCGCGAGCCGGCGCGCUCACCCAGAGGAAGUUCCUGCUGGGCAUCAUCAAGCGUUUUGACAGUUUCAGUUUACUCAGCUACACUGAGAAACUUCUGAGAGUGACCGAGGAGAAGGAUUUCACCUACGUGGGCUCCCAAAUCACUUACAGCCUCAGAGACUGGAACAUCUCCAGCUCCAACGGCACUUUGGAUCCACAAAGGCUAGAGCAAGACAUGCAGGACACGUGGCGGUGGUUUGCAAAAAGUGGCUAUUGGACUAAAGCAAACUACACUCUGCUCUUACUGAAACUGUGUGAUGCCAAGUUACUGCUUACGGCAGCUGCCCUGGUGCGAGAGCAAAGCGUCCUUGCAAGAACAGAUAAAGAGGAUGUAGAUGAAUCAUCUCCUAAAUUCCUAAACAGCAUCAAAGACAACAGUCAUCCUCAAUCCAGCGGCCGGAUUCAUUUUGCAUUACAAUCUGUUAGUGCUUCAUCUGCAGCCCUUGCAAGUAGAGGUUCAUCUGCAAAAACCAGCCAGUUCGGUAAUACAGGUGGUCAACUAUCAACAGUGUCCUUCUGUCCCCAAAACAGUGAGUAUGUCUUCCAGAAGGGUCCUAAUAUGAUGAGUAAGUCAUCUGUUGUGUCCUUAGUUGCUCCAGGUGUCACUGUGGUUCCUGCAUCUCUCCAGUCAGCCUCUCACGUCAACAAGUACAAGGACUUCAUUCGUUGCUUGCCAACUCACCUGUCCGCGUACAUCCUGGGGCUUUUGGACCGAAAGUCCCUCAACACGUGUGCGGCUGUGAGUAAAUGUUGGGCUUUUCUGGCCAAGAAAGUCAAGAGGGAACAUGUGUCACAAAAAAUAAGACAGGAGGAGAUCGUGUGUUUGCAGGGAUCGUGCCCUAGGGGAGUGGUUUCCAACUAUGCUAAAAUAGUCAAUGUGACAAUUCCACGGUUAAACAAAAAGGGAGAUGUCAUCCAAGUGAAAGACCACAAAUGGAGUAGUAAAAUGAAGGAGGAGGAAGAAGAUAGUCUGCAGUUAGCUUAUCAUGGUCUGCAAACUGACACCAUCCAGCUGGAAGAGAGAAACGUCUUCUGUGGCUCCUACAAUAUUCGUGUCCUCACGGACCAAUCAGACCCAAACAGAGUAAUUCACUACAGUGGUGGAAACUUGGUAGCUGUUGGCUCCGCAGACCGAAAAGUGAGGUUUCUUGGUGUGAUGGAAAUGAAAGAAGUGCUUCCUCUGCUCUCUGGCCAUGCUGGGAGCAUCAAAGCACUGUACCUCAAUGAGAAGAAAGGAUUCGUUCUCAGUGCAAGCUUUGAUCUCAGCAUCAGAUGCUGGGAUAUAUACAGUGGUGCUUGUACGAAAAUCUUUCAUGGUCACUCAGGGACCAUCACUUGCCUGGAUUUAUACAAAGAUAAGUUUGUGUCAGGAGCCAAAGAUGGGAUGGUGAAAGUAUGGGAUUUGGAAAGCAGGAAAUGCCUCAAGACCCUGAAACACAACAAUACCAUUUGGGUAGUUAAAAUGGAUGGCACCCAUGUCGUCAGUGGUUGUGACAAAGGGCUUGUGAAAGUCUGGUAUGCUGAUACCGGCACGCUGAUCAAAAUAUUAGAAGGGCACCAAGGUCCAGUUAAGUGCUUGUCCUUUGAUCAGUGGCACCUAGUUACGGGAAGCACUGAUGGAUAUGCCCUGGGAUGGAGCAUGCUGGGAAACCAUAAGAGAUGCGUAACAGCUUUCCGCCACCCCAAAGGAGUUCUGUUUCUGGAGUUUCUCUAUCUCAGAGUCGUCAGUGGCUGUGCUGAUGGAAAGAUUCGUAUAUUUAACUACCUGACUGGAAGCUGCUUGAAAGUGAUGAGGGCUAACAGCAGAGGGGACCCCAUAUCCUCUUUCUGUGUUGCAGAAAAUAGGAUGGUGAUCAAUGCACUGAGCUGUCUGCUGAUGUUCCAGUUUGAGGAUGUCAAUUGGAACUAUACGUUAAAGACUGACCGAGAGACGGCAGGAAAGAAAAAGGAACAGCGCAAAGGGCUUUCAAGCAAACCACCGGUUCACUUUCAGCGAAUGAAACACAACAAAGUCAGCCAGAAGACCUAUCAGCUUCCUCUGGAGACGAAAGAUGCUGACCAGCUAAUGCUGUCUUACUUGAUCUGCUGCCGGUCACUGAAAGGCUCUGGAAUGUCUCAAACUCUCCGCUACAAACUGAUGAAAGCAGCAGCUUGCCAGCCACAGCAGAAUUUGCUCAAGAGCACAAAAUCUUUUAGCAUUCAGGCACAGCAGAAGAAAAAGCUUUCCAUUCCUGAUAACCAACUCCAUACGAUUGACUCAGAAAAGUCAAAAAGAGCAUAUUUUGCAAAGACAGCAGCAGAUACUGAUGGUGAAUCUGAAUAUGGCUCUUCCUUCUAUGUACCUGCGCAUGCUGACAGGACAGAAGCCACUUUACAGUAUAAAAAGAAAAGGGGCCCCGGCUGUCCAAUGUCCCCUAACCAGAUACUCUUAACUACCAAUACACUGCAGAACAGGUACAAUUCAGCGCCAGUCAGCUCCAGUAUUAAGCGUACUCCAACAGUCACGGAAGCACGGGAACCUCCACUGCAUCAGCAAGAACGCCCUGAAAAAAUGCAAAUAUACGAAACCCCUAUGCAGCACAAAAAGGUUCAGACAGUCCAGCUCCAACACAUGAGAUCUAACAGUGAUUCUCUGACCAUGAAAAGAAUUUCAACAGCCUUUGAAACGAAAAGGUUGCAGCUCAAGCUAAUAAACUCUUUGCAUGGACCCACGUGAAGUCCUCCCUUCCUGCUCCCUCCA